CACUCACAGUCUCACACCCGAGUGUCACACACUCCUCGCGCGACAGUAGUGAUCUGCGUUUCACUGAGCGCCGCUGGAAACAAUGGGAGCGGAGCCGCUUUGUGUUGUGUCGGACAGAGACUGACGCGCUUCUCUGUGUUUGUUUAGGACUUUCUGCUGAUAGUCUCAUAUAUUCAGGAUCUCGUUAUCAAGCUUUAACACAAUGGGCUGCUGCAGCGGACGGUGCACCCUUAUAUUUCUGUGCACGUUUCAGUUGAUGGUGGCGCUAGAGAGGCAGGUGUUUGAUUUCUUGGGCUACCAGUGGGCUCCUAUCCUUGCAAACUUCUUCCACAUCCUGGUUGUCAUCCUGGGCUUGUUUGGCACUAUUCAAUAUAGACCUCGCUACAUUGUGGUGUAUACUGUGUGGACAGCGCUGUGGGUGGCCUGGAAUGUCUUUAUCAUCUGCUUCUACCUGGAUGUUGGAGGUCUAUCAAAGGACAGCGACUUCUUGACAUUUAACAUCUCGGCACACCACUCCUGGUGGAGCGAGCACGGGCCAGGCUGUGUCCGAAGAGAGAUCCCCGCCAGCGGAGACCGCAGUGCAGACACACAGUCCUAUAUAUCCAUCAUGGGCUGCCUGCUGGAGUACCAGUACAUUGAAGUCCUGCACAGCGGCUUCCAAAUCCUUAUCUCUCUGCUGGGUUUCGUCUACGCCUGCUACGUCAUCAGUGUCAUCACAGAGGAGGAGGACAGCUUUGAUUUUAUUGGUGGAUUUGAGCCAUUCCCUCUCUACCAUGUCAAUGAGAAACCAUCUCAUCUUCUGUUAAAGCCUGUGCCUCAGUCUUCGUAAAUGAAAGUGUGUUGUGAAGAAGAGGCGCUCUGCCCAUUCCUCCUCUCUGCUCCUCACUUCCCGCCUCUCCUCUGUUUAAAACGCUACCUAAUCGUCCCUAAAUCAGCCCUUUCUGGAGUACUGGACAAAACCCAGCUGCUCCAUCAGACGCUCUGGCACAUUGCUCCAGCUGCCUCAUUUAGACGCUCUUACAAGUGGAUGUAAAACAUAUCGAAACAAAAAGUCCCAUUAUUUUGUUGGUGUGGUGUGUGGUCCAUGCGUUUGAGUUAUUCAAGGAGAGUUCAGAUGUUCAGGUGCAGCAGUUCCAGCUCUGUGUUGUGUGUGUGCAGGA